UAAAAUUCCAUUCUGAAAGAGGCGGAGCCAUGCAAACAAAACGGGAAAAGCCCUGCUCUGUAUUAGCCAAGCAGCCCAUUUUAAUGAAUAUUUAUAAUUAGAGUGGAUAAAUUCCUGGUGGCAGAGAGCCCUGAGCUGCAGGAGCAAGAGAGAUCCGCUGUGAGUCCGAGCUGAUCAAGAAUUCCGGCUCUCUGGUACCUCCAGAUGUGCCAGGGAGUUCACUCCGGCUGAUUUCGUGUCCCCCAGUGUCCACACUGCUCCCUGUGGCCUCUCCCCUCCAUGGCCCUCCCGGCUCUCACCCUGGCACUGCUGGCAAUGACCGUGACCACCACGGCCUAUGUGCUGAGACCCCUGGAUAUGGCCCCGGACUCCUUCGAUGACCAGUACCAGGGCUGUGGCUCAGCCAUGAGGGCGGAGCUGCCAGCCCUGAACCGCUCCGAGUUGCAGAACAAUUCUUAUUUUGCCCAGCUGUGGCAUCUGGCCAGGGAAAGGUGGCAGAGUCGGGGGUCCCCUGUGUCCCCUCUGUUGUCCCCAGACCAGGCCAUUGCCAUCAUGGCCGGCACCGUGCUUAACCAAGGCGAUCAGUUCAAUGAAGAAUUGCGAGUGGCCGGGUGCUCCCCCCAGAAAUACCGGGACAAUUUCCACUUCAAAACGCUGCAUUUCCUGCUGACCGACGCCCUGGCCACGCUGAGGGCUGCUCAGAAGCAGAAAUGUCACUUGGUGUUCUGGGGGAUGGACCACAUAAGGUACAAGGCAAAGCCUGGCAACAUCGUCCGGUUCGGUCACUUCGUGUCAUCAUCGCUUCACAAAACAGUCACUGAACAAUUCGACAACACCAUGGUGUUCCAGAUGCAGACGUGUCACGGCGCGUUCAUCAAAACAUUCACUGAUUUUCCCAACGAGGAUGAGGUGCUGAUCCCACCCUUUGAGAAGUUCAAGGUCACCAAAGUCAUCGAGGAUUGGGAGAAGGUGGAGAUCCACCUCGACUCCAUCGGGACCUACAGCAAAUACAACUGCGAGUGGCUGAGAGGUGGGAGCGUCCCCAGAGCCCCCGACCACCUUGCAGGACUCCUCCUGGCCACCACAGCCCUGGCAGUGGCCACAGGGAUCCUCUGAGCCACGAAGUCACCAAGGUCACCAGGGUCACUGUGGUCACUGUGGUCACCACAAUCAUCAGGACAGCCAGAGAAACGAGGUCACCAAGGUUACCAUGGCUACCACUGCGGGCACCUUGGCCACUAUGGCCUCCUUGAGGUCACUGUGGCCACCACUGGCACUCUGGCCACUGCAACCACCACAGCCCCUCUGGCCACCAUGGUCACUGUAAGUACCAAGGCCACUGUGGUCACCAUGGUCACCAAGACUCCCUGAGCCACAAGGCUACCACAGCCA